AGCAACACGUCACUAAAAUAAUAAACAUGUCUGCCUUGUUUGCUCGAACGUAACAUUGUUAUUCAACGACAUGAUAUCUUUCUUCUCGAAGCUAGCAUUGAAGAACACAGAAAAACCACCGGAGAUCGUUCAAUCAGCUUAUAUGGACAAAAGUGCAUCCUUACAGGAACUCGGGUACAAAGAUGAUAAUGACCUAAGAGAGACCAUCUAUGACUUUUUGCGGACUAUCCGGGACCCGGAGAAGCCUAGUACUUUAGAAGAUUUGAAGGUCGUUUAUGAAGAGGGAAUAUUCGUUAAAGAGCCAACUGAAGACAAAGUCCCAGUUUUAAGGGUUGAAUAUAAUCCUACAGUACCCCAUUGCUCGUUGGCUACACUUAUAGGACUGUGUAUACGAAUAAAAAUACAACGUUCUUUACACCACCCCGUUAAGUUGGACAUUUACAUUAAAAAAGGAGCACACACAACUGAAGAUGAAAUUAACAAGCAAAUUAAUGACAAAGAGAGAAUUGCAGCCGCGAUGGAAAACCCCAAUUUAAGGAAUCUUGUGGAAACUUGUAUUGCUGACGAAGGAUAGAAACUAAAAAUAUAGAAUAUACGAAAUAUUACAAUAGUAUU